CCUCCCUCUGCGCCCCAGUUGCCCCGCUAUUGCUCCGGGCUCUAGGUGGCUGCAGUUUCAGCCCAAGUGCAGGGGCCCUUUCAUGAGGACUGAGGCAGGAGCUGCUGCUGAGAGCCUCCCAACAUGACAUCCGCCACUGAGUUUGACAACGUGGGCAUCCAGCAGUACAGCAGGAUCAACGCCCGCUGGGACUCCCCGAACAAUGAGUUGGACAAUGACAAUAGCUCCGCCAGGCUCUUUGAGAGGUCUCGGAUCAAGGCCCUAGCAGAUGAGAGGGAAGUUGUCCAAAAGAAGACUUUUACAAAAUGGGUGAACUCACACCUAGCACGUGUGUCCUGCCGUAUUGCUGACCUCUACAAGGACCUGCGGGAUGGAAGGAUGCUCAUCAAACUUCUGGAAGUCCUCUCAGGAGAGAUGCUGCCAAAGCCUACAAAAGGAAAGAUGCGGAUUCACUGCCUGGAGAAUGUUGACAAAGCCCUGCAGUUCCUCAAGGAGCAGCGAGUACAUCUGGAAAAUAUGGGUUCUCAUGACAUUGUAGAUGGCAACCACCGCCUCGUCCUGGGUCUCAUCUGGACCAUCAUUCUUCGCUUCCAGAUCCAAGACAUAGUUGUUCAAACUCAAGAGGGUGAGGAGACUCGCUCUGCUAAGGAUGCGCUACUGCUUUGGUGUCAAAUGAAGACGUCAGGUUAUCCCCACGUCAAUGUCACCAAUUUUACCUCCAGCUGGAAGGAUGGCCUGGCUUUUAAUGCCUUGAUUCACAAGCAUCGGCCAGAUCUGAUUGACUUUGAGAAGCUGAAGGACUCCAAUGCCCGGCACAAUCUGGAACAUGCGUUUGGUGUGGCAGAAAAGCAACUGGGCAUCAUCCCACUCCUUGACCCAGAAGAUGUCUUCACAGAGAAUCCUGAUGAGAAAUCCAUCAUUACCUAUGUGGUGGCAUUUUACCAUUAUUUCUCCAAGAUGAAGGUGCUGGCUGUGGAGGGCAAGCGUGUUGGCAAGGUGAUUGACCAUGCCAUUGAAACUGAGAAGAUGAUUGAAAAAUACAGUGGGCUGGCCUCCGAUCUGCUUACCUGGAUUGAGCAGACUAUUACUGUCCUUAACAGCCGCAAAUUUGCUAACUCCUUGAGUGGGUUACAACAGCAGUUGCAAUCUUUCAGUACCUACCGUACUGUGGAGAAGCCCCCCAAAUUUCAAGAGAAGGGGAAUCUGGAAGUCCUGCUUUUCACCAUUCAGUCCAGGAUGAGGGCCAACAAUCAGAAAGUGUACACACCACAUGAAGGGAAACUUGUGUCUGACAUCAACCGGGCCUGGGAAAGCCUGGAGGAAGCCGAAUAUCGAAGGGAGCUGGCCCUGAGGAAUGAACUCAUUCGGCAAGAGAAAUUAGAGCAAUUGGCCCGACGCUUUGACCGCAAGGCUGCAAUGAGGGAGACAUGGCUCAAUGAGAACCAGCGCCUGGUCGCCCAGGAUAACUUUGGUUAUGACCUGGCAGCUGUGGAAGCAGCCAAGAAGAAGCAUGAAGCCAUAGAGACAGAUACUGCUGCUUAUGAGGAGAGGGUGAAGGCUCUGGAGGACCUGGCCCAGGAACUGGAGAAGGAGAAUUAUCACGACUUGAAGCGCAUCAAGGCGAGAAAGGACAACAUCCUGCGUUUGUGGUCCUACCUGUUGGAUCUGCUGCAAUCUCGGCGCCAAAGGCUGGAGAUGACCCUGACCCUGCAGAAGCUCUUCCAGGAUAUGCUUCACAGCAUCGACUGGAUAGAUGAGAUCAAGGUUCAUCUCCUGUCCUCUGAGUAUGGAAAGCACUUGUUGGAGGUAGAGGACCUGCUUCAGAAGCACAAGCUGAUGGAAGCUGACAUUGCCAUCCAGGGGGAUAAAGUGAAGGCAAUCACAUCAGCAGCUCUCCAGUUCACGGAUAGGAAAGGUUACCAGCCUUGCGACCCCCAAGUCAUCCAGGAUCGGGUCAGCCACUUGGAGCUGUGCUUUGGGGAGUUAAGCUCAAUGGCUGCGGGGAGGAAGGCCCGGCUGGAGCAGUCCAAGCGACUGUGGAAGUUUUUUUGGGAGAUGGAUGAGGCGGAGAGCUGGAUCAAGGAGAAGGAGCAGAUCUAUUCCUCAUUGGACUAUGGCAAGGAUUUGACCAGUGUGUUAAUCUUGCAACGUAAGCACAGGGCCUUUGAAGAUGAGCUACGGGGACUAGAUGCCCAGCUGGAGCAGAUGAUGAAGGAAGCAGAGGAGAUGGUGGCCCAAAAGCACUUUAGAUAUCCACAGAUUGAGGCCCGCAUCCGGGAGGUGUCUGCCCUGUGGGACCAGCUGAAGGAGCUGGCUGCUUUCCGCAAGAAAAACCUCCAGGAUGCUGAGAAUUUCUUCCAGUUCCAGGGGGAUGCUGAUGACCUGAAGGCCUGGCUGCAAGACGCCCACCGCUUGCUCUCAGGAGAGGAUGUUGGACAAGAUGAAGGAGCUACCCGGGCCCUGGGAAAGAAACAUAAGGACUUUCUGGAGGAGCUGGAGGAGAGUCGAGGGGUGAUGGAGCACCUGGAACAGCAAGCCCAGAGCUUCCCACAAGAAUUCCGGGAUUCUCCUGAUGUAAACAAUCGGCUCCAGGCUCUUCAGGAACUUCACCAGCAGGUGGUAGCCCAGGCUGACCUGCGUCGGCAAAGGCUACAGGAUGCCCUGGAUUUAUAUACAGUUUUUGGUGAGACAGACGCCUGUGAACUAUGGAUGGGGGAGAAGGAGAAGUGGCUGAAUCAGAUGGAUAUCCCAGACACUCUGGAGGACCUAGAGGUGGUACAGCACAGGUUCGACAUUCUGGACCAGGAGAUGAAGACGCUGAUGGCACAGAUUGAUGGGGUGAAUCUUGCUGCAAACAGCCUCGUGGAGAGUGGCCACCCACGCAGUGCAGAAGUGAAGACCUGUCAGGAUCAUCUGAACCUCAGAUGGGAGGCAUUCCAGAUCAUGGUGUCCAAGUAUCGGAAGGAAGUAGACUCUGCACUCAGUGUACACAACUACUGUGUGGACUGUGAGGACACAAACAAGUGGAUUCUGGACAAGACAGAGGUGGUAGAGUCAACGAAGGAUCUUGGCCGGGACCUAGCAGGAGUGAUUGCCAUCCAGCGCAAACUGUACGGAUUGGAACGAGAUGUGGCUGCUAUCCAAUCCCGUAUGGCCUCUCUGGAGCGGGAGUCCCAGCGGCUGAUCCAGGAGCAUCCUGAGUUACAGGAGAGCAUUGGGAAGCGGCAGGCUUACACGGAGGAGCUGUGGCAGAAGUUGCAGCAAGCCCUGAAGGGUCAGGAAGCAUCCCUAGGUGAGGCCGGUCAACUGCAGAAGUUCUUGCAAGACCUUGAUGACUUCCAGGCGUGGCUGUUCAUGGCACAAAAGACCGUGGCUUCGGAAGAUGCACCUGACUCCCUGCCCGAGGCUGAGCAGCUCCUCCAGCAGCAUGCAGCCAUCAAAGAUGAGAUUGAUGGACACAAAGACGACUACCAGAAUGUCAAGGUUUCUGGGGAGAAGGUGGUCGGAGGCCAGACUGACCCAGAGUACCAGCUUCUAGGCCAGAGGCUUGAAGGUGUGGACACAGGCUGGGAUGCCCUCUGCAAGAUGUGGGAGAACCGGGGCCACUUCCUUACCCAGUGCCUUGGUUUCCAGGAGUUCCAAAAGGAUGCCAAACAGGCAGAAGCAAUCCUGAGUAAUCAGGAAUACACUCUUGCUCACCUGGAGCCUCCAGAUUCAUUAGAAGCUGCAGAAGCUGGGAUCCGUAAGUUUGAGGAUUUCUUAGUGUCCAUGGAGACUAACCAGGAUAAGAUCAUGAACACUGUGGCCUCUGGGAACAAACUCGUCAAUGAGGGAAACAUCUACUCUGACAAAAUUAAGGAAAAAGUACUGCUGAUCGAGGACAGGCACAAGAAGAAUAAUGAGAAAUCCCAGGAAGCAGCACUUCUCCUGAGAGACAAUUUGGACCUUCAGAACUUCCUACAAAACUGUCAGGAGCUCACUCUCUGGAUCAAUGACAAGCUACUAUCAUCUCAAGAUAUUUCCUAUGAAGAAGCCCGGAACUUGCACAACCAAUGGCAGAAGCAUCAAGCAUUCAUGGCGGAACUGGCUUCCAACCAAGGGUGGCUGGAGAAGGUGGAUAAGGAGGGAAGGCAGCUUAUGGAGGAGAAGCCACAGUUUACAGAUGUAGUGACCCAACGGCUGAGGCAACUGCAUCGCCUCUGGGAUGAGCUGCAGUCCACCACACAGGACAAAGCCCAGCACCUCUUUGCCGCCAGCCGCUCAGACCUUCAUGCCCAAAUGUAUGCUGACCUCAACAAAUGGAUCAGUGCCAUGGAGGACCAGCUGCGGUCUGAUGACCCUGGCAAAGACCUGACUAGUGUUAACCGGAUGCUGACUAAGUUGAAGAGGGUGGAGGAUCAAGUGAAUGUGAGGAAGAAGGAGUUGGGAGAGCUGUUGUCCCAGGUACCCCCCGUAGGGGUGGAAGGGGAUGGUACAGAGCCAAGCAUUGAGAAGCGCUUCCUGGACCUUCUAGUGCCUCUGGGUAAGAGGAAGAAACAGCUGGAGUCAUCUCGAGCCAAGUUGCAGAUCAACAGAGAUAUAGAGGAUGAGACGCUCUGGGUAGAAGAAAGGCUGCCACUUGCCCAGUCUGCUGACUAUGGAACUAACCUCCAAAGUGUGCAGCUGCUCAUGAAGAAAAACCAGAUGCUACAGAAUGAAAUUGUGGGCCACGCGCCCCGGAUAGAGGAUGUGUUGCAUCGAGGGCACGAGCUGGUGGAGGUGGCUGAGAUAGACUGCCAAGACAUUGCAGAGCGCCUGGGGCAUCUGCAGGGCUCGUGGAAAUUGCUCCAAGAUGAGACCGCUCAACGGCUGCAGCGGCUAUGGGAGGCCAAUGAAGCUCAGCAGUACUACUUGGAUGCUGGAGAGGCAGAGGCCUGGAUCAGUGAACAAAAACUUUAUGUGAUCUCUGAUGAGACUCCCAAGGAUGAAGAGAGCGCCAUUGUGAUGUUAAAGCGACAUCUUCGGCAGCAGCGUUCAGUUGAGGAGUAUGGGAAGAACAUCAAGCAGCUGGCUGGCCAGGCUCAGAAACUCUUGUCCACUGGUCACCCUGAGGGGGAACAGAUUAUCCGACUUCAAGGGCAGGUGGACAAACAAUAUGCUAGGCUGAAAGAUGUGGCUGAGGAACGGAAGCGGAAGCUGGAAAACAUGUGUCAUUUGUUCCAGCUGAAGAGAGAGGUAGAUGACUUGGAACAGUGGAUUGCAGAAAGGGAGAAGGUGGCCUCUUCCCAAGAAAUGGGACAAGAUUUUGACCAAGUUACUUUGCUGCGGGACAACUUUCGUGACUUUGCUCGGGAGACUGGGGCAAUUGGGCAGGAGCGGGUGGACAAUGUUAACUUGAUAAUUGAGCGGCUUAUUGAUGCUGGCCAUGCUGAGGCUGCCACCAUUGCUGAGUGGAAGGAUGGGCUGAAUGAGAUCUGGGCUGACCUACUAGAGCUCAUAGAUACCCGAAUGCAGCUGUUAGCUGCCUCCUAUGACCUACACCGGUACUUCUAUUGGGGAGAUGAGAUCCUGGGCCUCAUUGAUGAGAAACACCGGGAGUUGCCUGAAGAUGUGGGACUUGAUGCCAGUACUGCUGAAUCCUUCCACCGUGUUCAUACAGCAUUUGAGCAAGAAUUACAUCACUUAGAAGCACAGAUGCGGCAGUUCCGUGAUAUGGCCACACGCCUGCAGACAGCCUAUGCUGGGGAGAAGGCUGACGAGAUCCAGAGCAAAGAGCAGGAGGUGUCCACUACAUUGAAAGCACUGUCGGACGCCUGUGCAGGGCGCCGGGCCCAGCUGGAGGACACGGCAGACAAAUUCCGUUUCUUCAGCAUGGUCCGGGACCUCCUCUCUUGGAUAGAAAGCAUCAUCCAGCAGAUAGAAACCCAAGAGAAGCCCAGGGAUGUGUCUUCUGUGGAACUGCUUAUGAAGUACCAUCAAGACAUCAAGGCAGAAAUUGAAACCCGGAGCAAAAAUUUCAGCACAUGCCUUGAGCUAGGAGAAUCAUUGCUUCAGCGGCAGCACCAGGCUUCUGAAGAGAUCAAGGAGAAACUGAAUCAGGUGAUAUCAAGAAGGCAGGAGAUGAUGGAGAAAUGGGACAGCCGCUCAGAACGGCUAUAUCUAUUGUUGGAAGUGUGUCGGUUCUCUCGGGAUGCUUCUGUGGCCGAAGCAUGGCUGAUUGCCCAGGAGCCUUACUUGGCCAGCAGGGACUUUGGACAUACGGUGGACAGUGUGGAGAAACUUAUCAAGAGACAUGAAGCUUUUGAGAAGUCCAUAGCCACUUGGGCUGAGAGAUUUGCUGCCCUGGAGAAACUCACCACGCUUGAGCUGAAAGAACGCCAGAUUCCAGAGAAACACACAGAGGACAGAGGGGCUCAGGAGGAGGAAGGUGAGACAGCUGGAAGUGAGACAGCUACUAAAAUAACAUCACCGACACAGGAAGAAGACAAGUUGAGGCAGCAGCAGCAGGAGGAGAGAACGGGCAGAGAAGAGAAGUUGACCUUGGAACCGCUUUUCAAAGUUCUGGACACACCUGUGAGUGAGAGUGAGGAGACAGCGACCACCCUGCCUGCCCAGCUGGACCGAUCCCACAGCAUGCAGAUGGAGGGCUAUUUGGGCCGCAAGCAUGACCUGGAGGGGCCCAAUAAGAAGGCGUCCAACAGGUCCUGGAAUAACCUGUACUGUGUGCUCAGAAACAACGAGUUGACAUUCUACAAGGAUGCUAAGAAUUUGGCCAUGGGGGUGCCAUACCAUGGGGAAGAGCCUUUGGGUCUGAGGCAUGCCAUUUGUGAAGUUGCUGCUGACUAUAAGAAGAAGAAACAUGUCUUUAAGUUGAGGUUGAGUAAUGGCAGUGAAUGGCUUUUCCAUGGCAAGGAUGAGGAAGAGAUGCUCUCCUGGCUUCAGGGUGUGAGCACAGCUAUCACCGAAUCCCAAAGCAUCCAAGUUAAGGCCCAGAGCCUCCCCCUACCCUCCAUCGCCAGCACAGAUACCAGCUUUGGAAAGAAGGACAAGGAGAAGAGAUUCAGCUUCUUCCCCAAAAAGAAGUAGCUCCUUCUCCUAUUCCUUUGUGGGAUGGGGGCAGGUGAAGGAGAGGUAAAAGGUCCACCUUGGGCCCCCACCCCAUUGGACAACAUUGAUUCUGCUCAGGAUAUUCAGUGCAGAGGCCCCCAGCCCAGGCCAACCAUCACUUUCCUCCUCAACCAACCCCCCACUCUCCACUGUCCAGGCAGGAUGCCCACAAGCUUUACCUCAGCCACAAUCCACUGGCCACUACCCAGCCAAUCCCUUCUUCUCCCUACCCCAUGCGUCCCCUUAGCCCCAUAGACCCAGCCUUUGUCUGUA